AUCGUUAACUGUUAACGAUGGUCUCAAAUAGGCAAGUAAUCUUGAAUUGAAUGCAGGUUUUCUACACUAUAAUGUGUACUACACUAUAUUGCUUUAUUUGCUUUUAUCUAUAUAUGAUGCUUUUUUUUCGCAAUCUUGGUUCAGACACAUUUUUUUGAGUCGACGAUCUAUAUAUACUACAUUGUGUGUCUCACAAAGGUCAGGAUAAGGAUGUACCACUUGAAUCAGCGAACAAUCAAACUCAUUGGGACCUUCUUCAACUUCAGGAUGUGAUGAGUCGACAUCGAGGUGUCAAACAACUCUAUCGAUAAGAGCUGUUUGUGAGUCAUCAGCCUGUGAUCCUUGAUAUAUCUUGAUCCAUUGAGCUGUUAUCCUCGACGUAUCUUUGAUCCAUUGAGCGAAACCUCUUCCACAUGGGACUCUCAAAUCGUUAUGGCCGAUUUUCGUCUCUGUUUGACCAGUUGGUCUCGUACCCUUUUAGACUCCAUUUGUGAGACUGCAAUGGAGUGCUUGGUUGGUUAGUUUUUAAUACAUUGACAAACAAUUAAUCUUUGCCACAAAUGUAUUAAUUGAGUAAUUAGUUAGCUUUUAAUAUGAUCACAAACAAUUAAUCUUACACGUUAUGUCCAUGAAGAAGUUGCUUUACACCAAAGCCCAAAGCAAAUUGAGAUGCCAAUUAACGCAAAGAGUACUAUAGAAAAAUGUGCAUUCUAUUUGUUAUUUUUAUCAUUUUAAUAACUUAGGCUUUUGAAAUUUAUGAUUAAAAUAAAUUUUAGACAUUCAUAUUAUUGUAAGUCAAUUUGUAAGGAAAAAAUUGAAUUUUAAAUUAAAUUAUUUUUAUUUUUGAGACAUACUGCAAAGUAGGAACAUAAAUUAAGACGGAAAAAGUAAUAUCUUCUUAAGAGGAUUGCAAAGCCUACUAUAAAUAAGUAAAAUCAAACAAAUAAAAUACUAUAAUAAAUUGAAAAUCCACAGGUUUAUAUAGAGUAUUAAACAUUAUGUCAUAUCAAACGAUUCACGUAAACUGAAACGAAAGGAAAGAGUAAUAUAACUUUAUUAAAAUGGUACAUGAUGUAAUUCUGAGUGUGUGGUCCAACUGAAAUCUGGAUAAUGAUGUGUUACAGUAAAAUGUUCACGGGUGACACGUUCAACACAUAAUUUAAUUCAACUCAAUUUAUUUUAGGUCAUAAUUAAAUUAGACCAUUUCAUUACUGUAUCAAUUAUUAAUUUUUUUAUUUCAUUUAAUAAUUUAAUUUUUGAUAUUUUAUGUUCAUUCUUAUAUGAAAUCAUAAUCUCUCUAUAAAAUUAAAUAUUUUAUUUAUGCAUUUUAUAAAAUUAAUAUAAUAUUAUAUACUGACACUCAUGCUAUAAUAAGAUGGAGAUUUCGUUUGGUCAUAAAAAUCAUAAUUUUUUUGAGUUAGGGUUGGAGUUAAAAUUAAAGUUGGAAUUGUGUUUGACCGUAAAUAUAAAUUAAAGUCAUUUUUGAAAUUUUAUGAGAAAAAUAUGAGUGAAAAAAAGUAAAAAUAAGUUCUUAUUUUUACUUUUCAAAAUAUAAUUUUUCAAAAUUAUAUUUUAAAUUUCUUAUGAUUAAAUGUAUUUUGUUAUAUUUUAUUAAAAUAAAAUAAUUUUUUAAAAAAUAUAAAUAAUUUUUAUGAUCAAACGAACUUCACUUUCAAAAAUAUCCGUUGUCACACUUCGGACAUAUUCAUCAGCGUUGUUGCGCAACAUACGCGUAAUCAACAUAGUUUUAACAUAUUGUAAGUAAUAAUUAUGGUAUCCUUUUUCACCUUUGUUGCCACGACACGUUUAUCCUAUUCUAUUCUAUUCUUCCCUCUAAAUAUAAUCAUCAUUCAUCAAAAAUAGAAUCUUGAAAAUAGUCCCCAAAUUCUCAAGCUCCUCUUUCCAAAAAAAAAAAACUGUAAAUCUAGAACCCUCCAUCUUCCUUCUUUCCUUUUGGUCAAAAUAAUUCAAAAUCUAAAUUUGACCUUUCUUUCUUUAUUUAUCAAAUCAACCUUAUUGUUAUUCCUAUAUGAACAAUACCUUUCCCCUUUUUCCCUCUCACCAUCUUCACAUCAACCAUGAAGAUAUCUAGCAGAAAACAUUCAUUUUUACUGUUGUUCUCUAUUGUUGGUCUUUGUCUUCGUUGUGUAAUAUCUAUAGGUGUUAACUAUGGAACUAUGGGAAACAACCUUCCACCACCAACACAAGUAGCUCAGUUCAUCAAGGACAAAACGGUCAUAGACCGUAUAAAAAUCUUCGACAUCAACCCAGAUAUCCUGCGCGCUUUCGCUAACACAGGUAUCUCCGUUACGGUCACCAUACCUAACGGCGAGGUCCCGAAUCUACUGGAUCUCGCCUAUGCUCGACGAUACGUCGAGGCAAACAUUAAGCCUUUCUACCCACUCACGAAAAUUGAUGUGGUGCUAGUUGGAAAUGAGGUUUUACAUUGGGAUACACCAGAUGUGCAAAUGAAGUUGGUACCAGCAAUGAAGAAUGUGCACAAAGCUCUAGGUCUUACCGGGAUGAAGAACGUAAAGGUCUCGUCAGCUCAUUCACUUGGCAUCCUGUUGCGCUCGAAUCCGCCGAGCUCAGCGAGGUUCAGACCGGGCUGGGACGUGGGGAUUCUAGCGCCAAUGCUGCAGUUCCUGCGCGAGACUAAGUCUCCAUUCAUGGUCAAUCCGUACCCCUACUUCGGGUACAACCCGAAGCAGGAGGAUUUUCUACUAUUCAGGAAGAACAAAGGCUUAUAUGACAGAUUCUCAAAAAAAUGGUACAACAAUUCCUUCGACAUGCUGCUGGAUGCAGUGUACAUGUCGAUGGUGAGAUUGAAGUACCCGGAUGUGGAGAUAGUUGCUGCCGAGACGGGUUGGCCAUCGCAAGGGGAAACGUAUGAGCCGCAAUGUACGGUUGAGAAUGCGGCGUCGUAUAAUGGUGGAUUGGUGAAGAAGUAUAAUUCGGGUACUGGAACGCCAUUGAUGCCGCACAGGAAGAUAGAGACUUACAUUUUUGGUUUGUUCAAUGAGAAUACUAAAUCCGGGUCAUUGGCUGAGAGGAAUUUCGGGUUGUUUCGACCCGAUUUCACACCAGUUUAUAAUAUUGGAGUUCUCAAAGGAGAACAGGGUCACCCAACACCUUCAUUGCCCCCACCAAAGACUGGGGGAGGCAACAAAGGGCAACCAAAAACACCAGUAGUAAGACCACCGACUCAAGACAAGAAAUUCUGCAUGCCAAAGGUUGAAGCGACCGAUGCCCAAUUACAAUCCAACAUUAACUACGUGUGCAGUCAGGGAGUUGACUGCACGCCAAUUCAAGCGGGCGGUCCCUGCUUUAGCCCCAACACCAUUCGGUCUCAUGCGGCCUUCGCUAUGAACUCUUACUACCAAAAGAUGGGUCGCAACAGCUUUAACUGUGACUUUGCUGGUACUGGUGUCGUCGCUUUUGAUGAUCCAAGUUAUGGCACAUGCAAAUUCCAAUCUUGAAUGUACAUGCAGCUGAAGAAGAUUUUUCUAACCACUCAUGCAUUUGAAGGAUUAGCAUUGGCAUAAAAUCUUUAUAUAUUAUGUUUGUGUACUUUGGUUUAUGCAAUUAAUCUAAAUUUAUUGGUAUGUAAUGUUCUUUUAUGUGUCUCUAGUGUAAUGCUUAAUGUUAUAUCUAUUUCAUUUCUCUUCUCUAUUUGUUUUCAA